UUUUCAAGAAUUAUGGGAUAUGUUGUCAAAUGGCGCUCUCUUCGAAGGGAUACAGAAUUUUGAUGUCAGCCAUGUGACUUAUGAAGCUCAAGGUCGUUGAGAGAGGUCAAGGUACAAGAUGAGUACAGACCGAAGUGCCCUGAAUCCUGGUCUGAGUAUGAUGAACUUUGAUGGCCUUGACCUUCAGAGUCAGCAGGAAAAGGAGCUUCAAAGGGAAAACGAACAGCAACAAAAUGAGCUGAAAGCUCUGCUGAAGGAUGCGUUUGAUGAUUUAAUUGAUGAAGAUGAUGAGUUUUCUGUGACGUCGGAUGAGGGCGGAGACUCACGGAAUCACAGCCUCCACUUCAGAUCCAAGGAGGAUACUGAGCCCAUUGUGGAGGAGGAUGAAGAACCCUCUGCCAUGGUGUUUCCCAGGGAAGGAUGGAACAGGAGAACGUUCCCCCUACCCACCUCCACCCCUCUGGGGGGUCUCCCAACCAUAGCGCAGAGUCCGUACGGCUCGAUGUCCUCACUGAGACAAUCUCAGGAGAGCCUUAGGGCUUCUCAAGAGCUGCUGAGAUCAUCUCAAGAGGGAAUUUUAAGAAGAUCCCAUGAGGGCUUGUUAGAGAGUGAUGGUUACCAUAGUAACAGUGAACAAAGCAGCACCAAAUCAUCCAAUCACCAUCAUCGGCCUCAACGACAUCAUCACCAUCAGUUUCACCAGGUUCCUGAAUGGUCCAAUCAAAAUGUCUUCUCACAUCAGGGUCAGCCAAAUGUUUAUGACCCCUCUCACCAUGGUAACACAUACAUACCGCAUCAUGUGACUUCGGAGGAUCAUUUUAGGUAUGGGGAAAUUCCAGAGAGACAGGAAGCAGAGGGUGGGACAGAUGAACAUUCAGAUGUCGGGGGUCUGCCUGGGCAUUACCAUUAUCAUCAUCUUCAUCAUUAUAUUGGCUAUUACAGUGACCGACAGGAUGAAGAGGAGCAUCCAAGGGCAGACAACCCAUACAAGCCAUACUCAGACACACCCCAUUCUCAAGGAUACCAACACACUUUACAGUCAGACCAAGGUUAUGUCACAAAUUCUACCUCAGUUUCACAUGGGCAUCCUGUUCAUGCUACCCCAGUCUCAACAGGGCAUCCUGUUCAUUCUUCACAAGAAUAUCCUGUUCAUGACAGUGUCCCAGAUAAGGAUUUCAAAGGAGAAUACCAGGUUACCUACAAACGUAGAGAAGACCGUGAAGAAAGCGAAAGUGAAGAAGAAGUGCCAGAGGUCAAAGAGAAAAGACAAAAAUUAGAGGAGGUUCAUGAAAAUACUGGACCAGCUGGAGCUUUUGACAACAGACAGUUUGCACAGCUUCAGAUCCUGUACAAAGCCCGAGGCAGCAAACUCGAGGAGAUCACCCGAGACUUUGAACAGUACAAACAAGAGACAAGCAGGGAGAUCAGGAUAUACAAACAUCAAAUCUCUCUGGCCAAAGGUGAGAAGGAGGGGACCUCCACCAGUCUCAAACAAUGUCAGGAUCUUCUGAUGGAGGCCAAGACAGAGAACGCCCAGCUGAAGGGGAAACUCCAGGCUACCGAGAGUCAGGUGGAGGCCCUACAAAGGGGGAAAGAGGAGGCAGUUAAAAGCCUGCAGACAGCCGAGUCCACGAUUGAAACUUUGAACCAGCAGCUUGCUGAGAUGGGGGCAUCAGACAGUCUCAACAGAGCUAGAGUUGAGCAUGAGCGAGUUUUGUCAGGAGUUCAGCAGAGACAUGACAAGGAGGUCAAAGUUCUCAAAGAAAAGAUUGAGAAUCUCACUGAUAAACUCAAUGAUUUGAAUGCAGAGAACUCUACUUUGAGACAGAAACUAAACGAGAGUUAUAAAGAAGCAGAGAACUCACAGAUCUCACGAGCCGAGACCAUCAAUCGUCUGACCCGCAGCCUGGAAGAUUCCCAGAAACAAUGCAGGAUGCUCCUAGAGUCAGCCUCUUCACAUGAAGCAAGUCAAUUGAAGAUCCAGCUGCAGCAGUGUACAGCAUCUAAAAAAAUCGCUGAUGAAAUGAUUCUCUCUUACCAGGAGGAGGUUAAAGACUUGAAGGAGCAGCUGAACAUGUUUGAGGCGGCGUCUUGUCUGGGCGUGCUCAGUCAGGAGACGACAAGGGAGACAAUUCAUGACGACUCCAUGAUGGACCUCGGAAUCAAAAAGACAAUAGACUUUGAUGAAACUCCAGAGCCUAUUAAAUUCAGUUCUGUACCAAAAGGAGCAGAGUCCCAGGACCUAGUGACCAAUCUAAAAAUAGAACUUGAAAGAUGCCUUCUUAGCAACAAGGAAAAGAGAAUCCAGGUGACCAAGCUGCAGGAGGAAAUAAGGACUUGUAAGAAGGAUCUAGAGGAGUUCCGAAUGCGCUGCGAAAGAGCCGAGAAAUCUGAAUCAGAUUUGAAGUCCAAACUCCAGGAGUGGGAGGAGCUAGUGAGAUCUGAUGACAAGGUGUCAGCUGUGGAGGCCCGCCUACAGAAGGACAUCAAGAACCUCAAAAGGGAGAAAGAGGUCCUCAGUGAAGAUGUUGAGGUAAGGAAGGGACCUGGGGGGCCUCAAAAGGGGAAAGAGGUCCUCAAAGAGGAUGUGGAGUCCAAACUCCAGGAGUGGGAGGAGCUAGUGAGAUCUGAUGACAAGGUGUCAGCUGUGGAGGCCCGCCUACAGAAGGACAUCAAGAACCUCAAAAGGGAGAAAGAGGUCCUCAGUGAAGAUGUGGAGGUAAGGAAGGGACCUGGGGGGCCUCAAAAGGGGAAAGAGGUCCUCAAAGAGGAUGUGGAGGUAAGGGAGGGACCUGGGGGGCCUCAAAAGGGAGAAAGAGAUCCUCAAAGAGGAUGUGGAGGUAGGAGAGGGACCUGGGGGCCUCAAAAGGGAGAAAGAGGUACUCAAAGAGGAUGUGGAGCAUUCAAGAAGUUCUCGGUGAGGAUUGGAGGAUUUGAAGAAGAGGCUGGAGGAGGUGGCGUCUAG